UAGAGCGACGUGAGAGUGCACAAUGACAUCAGUUUAAUAAUAGAUUACUUCAUUGAUCAAUGUUGGGAGAGACUGUUUGGCAUAAUGUGCGCAUUAUUAGAUCGUGGCUGCGUUGGCUGGAACAGAGACGUGUAAAGUGUGUGUACUGUAUGUGCUUUUCAAUUGUUUACUGAAGGCCCUGUCUAAAGCCCCACGGUGCGCCACUGGUUCUUUAACCAAGCAUUGGGUUUCCUGUUGAAGUAGAUUUGUUCCUGCAGUGACAUUAUGGCGACAGCAUCAACAGUGUUACCAGAUUUGCAACCUUUGAAGCGGAGCAGCAGCUAUGAAUUACUGCCACCUGAAUUUUCUGAGGACAAACCAGCUUUAAACCUGGUUCUGUGUGGGAGGAAAGAAGCAGGGAAGACUUCAGCAGCCGAGGCCAUUUUAGGUCAGAGAGAGCUUCCUUCAGUCUCCAACUCCUCAGAGUGUGUUAAACAUCAGGGAGAGGUGUGUGGACAGAGGGUUUCCCUGGUGGAGCUCCCUGCUUUGUGUGGAACACCUCAGGAGGAAGUGAUGGAGGAAUCAUUCAGGUGUAUCUCCCUCUGUGAUCCUGAAGGCGUCCAUGCCUUCAUCCUGGUCCUACCUGUGGGUCCCCUCACUGAUGAAGACAAGGGAGAGAUAGAGACCCUCCAGAAGACAUUCAGCUCUCGAGUCAACGACUUCACCUUGAUUCUGUUCACUGUGGAGUCAGAUCCUACAGCUCCAGCUGUUGUUAACUUUCUAAAGGAGAACAAGGACCUCCAGGAGCUCCGUCAGAGAUGUGGAGGAAGACAUGUUGUUCUCAACAUCAAGAACCAGCAGCAGAUCCCAGAGCUGUUGGAUGCUGUGCUAGAGAUGAGAGGUAAAGGAUCAAGGAGCUUUACAAAGGAAAUGUUCACCAAGGCUCAGAUGGAGAAGGUUGUGGAGCUGGAUAACACUAACAGAAAACUUAAAGCUGAACAGCAGGACGUUAAAAAGAAAAGUCAGGAGGGAGAUGUUGAUGAAAGUCAGAACAGAGAGUGUCUCAGGAUGGUGCUGAUUGGGAAGACUGGCAGUGGGAAGAGUGCAACUGGAAACACCAUUUUGGGCAGAAAACAAUUUGAAUCUAUUGCCAGCCCAAAGUCAGUGACCAAGUUUUGCAAGAAAGCAACAGGAAAGAUUGAUGGACGUCCUGUCGCUGUGGUGGACACCCCCGGUCUGUUUGACACAACACUGUCCAAUGAUGAAGUUCAAGAGGAGAUGCUGAAAUGCAUCAGCUUGUUGUCUCCUGGACCUCAUGUGUUCUUACUGGUGCUGUCAAUCGGCCGAUUUACCCAGGAGGAAAAAGACACUGUGGAACUGAUCAAAACAUUUUUUGGCAAGAGAUCUGGAGAUUUCAUCAUCCCUAUAUUCACCAGAGGAGAUGAUCUGGAAGGUCAAACAAUAGAGAGUUACAUACAAUCUGAUGCCCACUUGGAAAAAGUGAUACAUGACUGUGGAGGGAGAUACCAAGUCUUCAAUAACAGAGAUCAGACCAACCGCAGGCAAGUCAGAGAGCUGAUGGAGAAGACCGACAAAAUGCUGAAGGAAAAUGGCGGCAGCUGCUUCACCUCAGAGAUGUUUCAAGAGGCCGAGGCGGCCAUAAAGAAGGAAAUGGAGAAGAUCCUGAAGGAGAAGGAAGAAGAAAUGCAGAGAGAGAGGGAGGAGCUGCAACGAAAACACAGGGAGGAAAUGGAAGCAGUGAAGAGAAGAAUGAAAGAAGAGAGAGACGAAAGUGAGAAGAGGAGAGACAGACAGCUUCAAGAAAUGGAGGAAAAUAUCACCAAUGAACGAGAGGAGAGAAGGAGAGAUGAGGAGAAGAGAGUGAAAGAGGAGAAGGAGAAAGAAAGGCAGGAAGAAAUUCAACGAAUGGAGUGGGAGAAAAAACUUGCCGGAGAAAGAGAGCAGAACAAAGAAGAGAUAAAAAAGCAAAAAGCAAAAUGGGAGGAGGAGAUUAAAGCAGCGCGGAUCAGACAACAAGAAGAAAAUGAAAAGAUACGACUAGAGGAGCAAACAACACUUCUAAGGUUGCAUGACGAAUACGAGCAGGAAAAAGAAAACCAUGAACGACUAAGAAAAGAAGAAGACAGGAAGAGAAGAGAACAGGAGGAGGAGAUAAAACAAAUGGAGGAAAAUUAUGAAAAAGAACUGGAAAAAAUGGAAUUGAAAUAUCAAGAGGAGGCCAGAAAACAAGCUGAAGAAAACACUGAUCUAAAAAAAGAAAUCAAAAGACCUAGACAAAAACUGAAAAAGAAAGGCAAGUGCACCAUCCUCUGAUCUUCAUAGUGACUCAUCAUCACGUCACCCGAUAGAGCAUCAUGUCCUCUUCAUGAACAGCAGAUUUCUGGAUGAUAAUUCUCAAACAGGAUCCAUCAGGCCACUCUGAGACAUUUCCACUUUGUGAGUAUUUUUGUUAGUAGAAUGUUUUUACUUUUUAAUAGUCAAGUCAAUACUUGAACCAAACUUCACGGUGCAGAUUAAACGUUGUCUGUUUCAUGGACUUAAAGUAAACUAACUUCAGUAAUGUACAGAUCAGUUGGUGAAGGUGUGUCUUUUUAACAUGGUGUGCUAUUCAGUGAGUAAAUAGAUGUAUGAAAUCAAUCCUGCUACUGUAAAUGUUCAAUCGAUAUAUAGCCCAAUAUCACACAUUUUACAUUUGUUUAGUAGAGAAUUAAAUGCAAUAGAAAGGCUAUUUUUACCGUUGUCAAAAUGAAUAUUAAAGUCAGCCAGGAUAAUGACUUUAUCUAUUUUAAGCAUCAAACUUGAGAAAAUUCUGAUAGGAAUUCUGAAUAAGGACCUGGGGCCCGAUACACUGCAACAAGUUAGAAUGGCUGCAGUGUUUUCCAGGUUGAAAGACUGAGAACAAGGCUUUCAAAGGAGUUUAGAUUUUCAUGUAGGAUUGAUAAGUAGAAUCAAAGAUGGCUGCAGCUCCACCGCCUGUUCCUCGAGGAAUAUGAGUAUUAAUGUGACUGGGUGGAGUGGCCUCUCAUCCGUUAUUUUUUUAUAUAUUUACUGUUGUGUCUUAUCUGUAUUAUUACCUCUAAAUGUGUGUAUAUGUAUAUUUGUUUCCAUAUAUACACGUAUAAGUGGGUGUAAAGGAGUGUAUGUAUAUAUUUCUUUUUAUAUAUUUGUAUUCCCGAAUAGAGGAAUUGACAAUACAGUUGACUUUGACUCAUUUAAGCUGACAUGUUGUUUGAGUAUCAGCCAAGUUUCAGUGAGUGAUCAUAAAUACAUGUUAUCUUUGUUGCAGCCAUUUUAUCUGUAUGUUUUAUUUGUUAAUCUGUUGUAAUAUUCUCCUGAACACUGGGUGGUGUAGAGGAGCAGGGAAGCAUAAAGGGGAGCUCACCAGGACAGGGGGGUUGAUUGAAAUGGUUUUUAUUUUGUUUUUAUAUGAUCAGAAUAGACAGUAUUGCUAUUUACUCAGUGGUUUUGAGUCGAACAUGUCAUCUCAGUAAGUGUGUUCAUGGACUUGUGUUAAUUAAUCAGUCACUGCCACAUUUGCCAAACAUUUUUUGUGUCAUCCUUUGUUUUAUUUACAUAUACCUCUCAAUAUGUAGAGCAUGUGCGGCCACAAGAUGUCGCCCUGUCUGUGAGCAGCUUGUUCUCAAAGUGUUGGGGUUUCUGUUCAAUGAUGUGCCAUAAAGACACUUCUCUUGAAAUACUGUGCACUAAUCACCUUUAUGUGAAACCAUCAUUGUAAUGAAUGUCCCAACAUUUCUUUUUGUGUGUCAAUAAGUUCUGAAGUUCAUCAUUUUUAGCCAUGGAUGUGCACUUACCUACUUAUUUGUCUUUAUUUAUAUUCUGGUAUAGGUAAUGUGUGUUUUCUUCUAUAUAUUAACAUGUUAGCUUAUUCUGUGUUAUUACAUACCCUUUACCCAUUUACCUGCUAUGCCACUUUUGCUGUAACAAUGUACAUUUCCCCGCUGUGGGACUACAAAAGGAUUUCUGAUUCUGAAUAAAUACAUCAUUCUAAUUUCA